UGGUCUUCAAAUUUGAUAGAAAUGUCAAAAAGAUAUGGCCGAAGGUGGUAAUAAUAAAGACAAUAGAAGUUAUUUAAAUAAACAAAAUGAAAAAAGUGAUGAAAGUACUGGCUCUGAUGCUGAAGAGACAAAUAUUUCUUCUCGACCAGAUUUAUUUAAUGAAAACGUUUUAAAUAUUGAACGAAAAUCAUCCGGCGAAAAUUUGACUUCAAAUCAAAGUGAAUUACCACGACGUGAAGAAAAUCCAUUUUCAUUUAAACAUUUUUUAAAUCGCGAUAUACCAUCAAGUAGUAAUGCAAAUUAUCAACAAACUGGUGCUCGACCAAAAAUAUUUUCAUCAAAUCGGCAACAUUCAUUACCGGCAGCUGUUAGUAACAGUAAUUUUCAAAAUAUUGUUACAAAUUCAGAACCACAUCGUAUGUCAUCAGUGGACAAUGUGCGAACUGAAUAUCCAUCGGUUUUACCCGACUUUGUUCAAGAUCAUUUAGUUAUUGAACAAUGUUACUUAAAUCUUGAUGGUGUUAAUAAACCAGAUCUUGAUAAUUUACCAGAUUUUACAUUAAAUAGACCUAGUGAUAAUCAAAGCCAAUGGAAUAACAGCAGUAACAAUGAUAAUAAUUCAGAUUUAACAUUUAAUCUAACAAAUCGACGUCGAACUCCACGAGUUGUUGAUUUUCCUUUAGAUUUACCUUUAUCAUCAGAAAUAACUAACCACACUGAAGAUAGUGGCAUAUCCGGAUCUGGUUCCAGAAGUUGUCCUCAAUCUGGAGAGGUCGGCGUUUCAAAAAGUUUACCAGAUUUUUUGUCUGAUGGACCAAUACACUCAUCAAAUCGUCUUUCAAAUAAUACACUAUCUACAGGGAACGAAUCAUCAGCGGAUGUUGAUGUUACAAUGCAACGGGACUUAGAUCAACGAUCAGACAACGAUCGUUUACGCGAUGAAAUACAUUUAUUACGACAACAACUACAUGAGAAAAAUUUGCGUAUACAAAAUUUAGAACAUGAUAUCACUGCUAUUCAAAGGCAAGAAGAAAAUUAUCUUGUUGCGUUAGCAAAAUCUAUGGAACAAGUGGAAGGGAAUUUAAAUUCUAGUACUAAGCGUGUUGCAUCUGCCGAAAAUACGGUGUCCAAAUUAAAACAAGAAAUUAAAAGUUUAAAGGCUGAAGUAAGUCAUUUACGGAAGGAAAAUACAAUGCUACGAGAACACAAUUUAGGCGCAGUUGGUGGAUGUGGCCCGAGUACUUCAAGAGAUUAUCAUCCACCAGGAAAUAGUGCUGCUACAAGACGAAUAGCACAAGAAUUACGAGGAGCUGCAAAUAAUGCUGAGCAUUCAUUGCGUAACUUAUUAACAGGUUUAAAUAAUUUACGUUUGAUUGCUGACUCUGUUGAAAAUAUGCAUCGAGUUGAAGAACGUCAAGAAUUUAGUUUAUCUGAUUUAGAGGAUGAAUCUGGGCCUGCGUUAUAAUACACUUUUUUAGGUGCCAUAAAUAAUAUCUGAGAUAUUUAUUAUUGGUAGGUUGGGAGUAUACGUUUUCAUUGAGAAGAAAAAGACGUAUUUUCGAAGAUAUAAACGGUUGGUGUUGAUAGUGGAUAGCAAUGAAGAGGAGUGUGAUAUUAUAAAUAACCUCUUCACAUAGAUGUGUGGUUUUCUUUUUUUUAUAUUGAAUUUUAAGUGCAAAUCCUUGAUUUGUUAUCGCAAUUAAGAGUUUGUAAUGUAUUUAUAUUA